AUGUCAUCAUCAUUGCCAACAACUCCUAUUGGAAAGCAACAGCUGAUUGACAUGAGAGCUGGAGCAAUUCUUCGAGGCCAUGCCAGGAAAUCAGAACGCUAUUUGGGAUGUCCGGUACGACUGUUACUGACAUUUAUAGUGCUCAUCAAAUCUUCAUUGAUUUGCGCAUGGCUUGUUCGAGAGUACUACUUCUUUGACUUCGGCUGUUCUGUUCUUCCACAAUCCUUUGGUGAUGAACUGCUUAAUCGACGAUCACUGGAAGUUUUACGGAUACCGGUCUACCCUUCAGAUUCACCACCUGUUAACUAUCUAGACCAAGAGCAUGUCGAUCGAUUAAAGAGGGAAGUGCAACCCUUCAGAAGUGAUCCUCGUAUGAAAUCAAAAAGAGGAAGGAAGAAGUCGAACACUGGAGAUGCAGAGGGUAUCGCCACCACGGUAGUCUCCAUGACCAACACACAACUGCUACCAGCUCAAGGCGACACAUUGCGUAUGAAGACAAUACGGAAUCGAAUUGAGCCGAUGAGCGAUGUAUCUGCUGACGAAGAUACGAUAGAAAUCGAUAUCGAUGCGCCUCCGCGAGUUUACAUAUCAAAAAUCAGGCGUCGCGGACAAGAAGAAGAAGAGCCGGAGCAUAGUGUCGUCGAAGUAACCACCGAAAAGCCAAAGAAGAAGAAAGGCAAAGGCAGAAAGAAAAAGAAAAAGAAGCUUGAGCAGCUGUCUUCCACCUCUGCGCCGACCACAGUGUCAACGACGAAGAAGCGAAAAGGCCAUAGGAAGAAACAUAAGGAUAAAAAUGCUAUAGGUACCGAACAAACAAAAAGCCCCCGGCAUUUAUUUUCUCCUCCGGGUGUUCCUCACUUCACUACCCCUCGUCCUCACCAAAGCAGUUUUUUGCAUGGGGUCAUCGAUCCAAAAGAUCCGCAAUUUUCUAACAGAGGACAAAUUCGUGGUUAUCCUAUGCAUAUCGCUUCUAGGAAACCAACCCCAUCAACGAGGCUUUCCGAGGAAACUCGUCUUAUGUGGGAAAUGGACGAGCUCAACUACACUACUUAUGCAUCUGCUCCUAAGACUACGGUGGUGACGGAAGUGAAGGAGAAGGAGAACGUUCCUACCGUAAUCCAGCAUGAACUACCUACUACAGAAAAACCGACUACUGUAGCACCACCUCUGAAGAGCUUCUACGCCACCCACACCUUCUCCACCUGGAAAAUGACAGAAAGCCCUCCAACUUCCACUACUCCAGCACCCAUUAGCCGUGUUCUGUGGAUUGCCAGAGAAGAGGAAGUGGAAGCAGCGGACUAUGUGGAAGCGCAUACCCCUAGGCAAGAGAUUCAAAGGGAGAAAAGCACCUUAGAGCAACUACAUGAAGAACUGCUAACAACACCUCCUUUGAGACCUGACAUGGCAUCUACAACGCCGAAAGCAAGACCGAUAAAGCAUGGAUUCGAUCGCAGUCUUGAUAAGGCCAUUGACGAAGGACUUCUCAGUUAUCCAGAUCGAGACUAUGCACCCAACACUAGGCAGAAAGAUUAUGAAGACGAUAGCAGUUUCCAGCUGCAGCUGUCCACUUUCUCGUCAUCAGCGGCCUGUAUAGCCAGAACAAUGUUCGACUUAUGGUGUGUCUGUCAGCUAAUGACACUUUUUCCAUACUUCAUCGGAGUGUGCGUAGCUCAUCGCAGUCUCUUUGUGUCACACCUGGUUCUGGACAUCUUACUCCUUGUCAUCGGCUUCGUCUAUACAGUGACCAUGAUCGUAUUCUCCAUUGUACUUUAUGUGCUGGUUGGAGAAAUGCCGAAAGAAACUUUGUUUCAAUGGAUGUUAUUUGCUCUAGUGCUUGAUGCGAUUCUGUUACUCUACGCGUGCCUUGUUGUGAUUUCGCUUCGUUGUUGCGAACGAAUCGUUCAAAGUCGACUCUCCUUGAAAGCUGAGAUGCCAAGAAUUUCAGAUGAAGCACAACCUGUAUAA